AUGAAUUACGAUCUUAUAGGAAGGUUGCUCCUGUCGCUACCUGCGGAGGAUGCAGAAGAUGCUAGGAUGGCGGCGUUGGCGGAUAAGAUCUCCACGUAUUUCACACCAAACCAGAAUCUUCUAUAUCGUGGUGUUGCAGGAAUAGGGCGCCACGGCGGUGCAAUUAUUUUCCUAGACAAAAGAAGACAGCCCCCUCGGAGAAUAGUCGUAAAGUACUCGCUUAGCGAUGAGGCGGACUGGGACUUGAGGAACGAGGCUCGAUGUCUCGAAUUGCUGAGAGGAGCCGAGCAUAUCGGGCAGAUUAUUCCGCUCGCUGAGGCUAAUCUUAAUGUAUCCGGUACUGGGAAACGUCCUACCCUCGCGCUGGAUUAUAUUCCGUAUGUGGUGCGUCAGGUGCUAGCUAUGGCUUUCCCUCCAGAGGGCGGACCGGAUGAGCCGCUGAGACAGGAAGUAUUUCACCCUCAUAUGCCAUUAGGAUUGAUGCAGAAUUCAGCCCAUGGUAAUAAUGUCAUCAUUGGCGAUUUAACUAGUGACUUGGAGCAUUCGAUUGUUCCAGUAUUCAAGCUCAUUGACUUUGGACGGGGAGAGAUAAUACCGGACGUACAAUCCGCGGUGGAAAAUAAUAUAAGAAAUAUAGGAAUUUUUUUUAUUAUUGUUGCCAUACCUAGGACCGGUAGGGAUUAUCUAAACGAGGUGCCAAAUGGGGGCUGGCAGUAUCAAUUCGUGAACAGAGAAACCGGUGUACUUCAACAGAUAGGGACAGAGGCUCCCCCUCAUUUUACGGAGUAUAAGUAUAUAGAUCUUGAAUUACGAGACCUCGUAGCAAGGUGCAUGGCGAUUAGGCGUGGAGACGGCGUGUCUCUAGAGGAGCUUAUACACGCAGCCGAGAGAGGUGUGGCAAAAACACACGAAGAUAUAAUAUACGAGGAUAACACAUCAGAUAACUCAGCAGGUAUCAAAUAUAUCGAGAUGGACGAAUCACUUAGGAUUAUGGUACAACGAUUUAUAUUCGAUGCCGGUACUAUACAAGAGGAAGCAGCCACGUUCGAUCGACAUACAGUCAACGACCAUCUAGGAACAACUCUACUAGGUCUCAAUGCGACUACAAGACCAGGACGAGCCCCAAGGCCUCGAUUCCAGCAAAGUGGUCAAGAACAAGAUACGGUAGUUGAUGAUGGCAUCGACGAGAAUUAA